AUGGCCAAGAAGCGCCUCAUGUCGGAGAACGAGUUCGCCACCGAGUACUCGCUCGAGUACUCGGCCGAGCGCUCCGCGUCGCACCGCGGCGUCUUCGCGUGCUGCUCGCGCCUCGUGCCCUUCGUGCGUCUCACCUUCGAGCCGGCGGCCGUGGAGUCGCUCUACCAGGGCUACUUCCGACGCCAGCGCGCCGCCACCCUCACCGUUCUCGUCGCCUUCGUCGCCCUCUUCGGCGCCUACGUCCUGGCCACGUGCGCAGCGCUCUACUCGCGCGAGAAACUCCCCUCGCUCGUGGUGGCCGCGCUGGGCGUGAGCGCGGGCGCUCCGCUGCUCGCCCUGGCGCGUCGAGGAAUCGUGGCCGAGCGUGCGGCACCCUACGUGGCGUGGCUCCACUCCGAGGUGCUCCUCUACGCAUACCUCGCCUCGUACGCGUCCGGCGGCAAGGGCGCGCAGCCGGCCGACGCGCUCGCGUGGCGCGUCUUCUUCACGUUCGCCCUCUUCAUCUCGAUGCCCCUCGCUCUGCCCGCGCUGUCGCUGCUCGCGCUGCUGCCCAACGCCCUCUACAUCGUCGUCGUGGCACUCGCCGCCUCGCUGCACGAGCCGCGCGCAGACACGGAGCCCGCCACCCUCGUGCUCCAGCUGGUGGCAGACGCCCUGGUGCUGCUGUGCGGGGCUCUGGCCGGGCUGCUCGCCUACCUGAUGGCGGACCGCAAGCAGCGGCGAGCCUUCGUGGAGGCGAGGCAGUCCCUCGAGGUGAAACUCAGCCUCGACGAGCAGAGGCUGCAGCAGGAACGACUGCUGCUGUCCAUACUGCCGCAUCACAUCGCGGACGAGAUGCUGACGGACAUCAGGAAGGACAAGAGUCAGAACGACACGCAGCAGUUCAGCAGCCUCUACAUGUACCGCCACGAGAACGUGAGUAUUCUGUUCGCGGACAUCGUGGGCUUCACGCAGCUCGCCUCCGCGUGCAGUGCGAACGAACUCGUGCGUCUGCUCAACGAACUCUUCGCGAGGUUCGAUCAGCUGUCCGACAAUCACAAGCAGCUGCGCAUCAAGAUCCUGGGCGACUGCUACUACUGCGUGUGCGGAGUGCCCGAAUUCAUCCCGGACCACGCGGUGUGCUGCAUCAAGAUGGGCCUCGACAUGGUGGAGGCGAUCUCCUACGUGCGCAAGAUGACCAACACGGACGUGAACAUGCGAGUGGGCAUCCACACGGGCUGCGUGCUGGGCGGAGUGCUGGGCCAGAAGAACUGGCAGUACGACGUCUGGUCCACGGAUGUGACGCUCGCCAACAAGAUGGAAUCGGCCGGAAUCCCAGGGCGCGUGCACAUCUCCCAGUCCACGUGCCAGUGCCUGCACGGGGAGUUCGCCCUGGAGGUCGGCAACGGCGGCGAGCGGAGCGACUACCUCCGCAACAAGUCCAUCAUCACCUACCUCGUGGUGCCUCCGGCCGAGGGGGAGACACAGAUCACGACCCUCAGUGACAAGUCAUCGGAGCUCAUCAAAACCCGGGACGGACCGCCUGGACCCCGCGCUGCAACCCCUUCCGCUGCAGGCCAAGGGGGCGCCGACGCGCUGGUGCUGAACCGUCGCGGCCGCGUUCACCCCGAGGGCCCGGGCCCCGACGCUGCGCCCGCCUCCUCCUCGUCAGUGGAGCCCGACCUGAGCGGCCUCCUCGACGCGGCCCUGGCGGCCAGAGAGACGGCCAGGACGGCGGAGGGGCGGCAGACGAGCAAGGUGACCCUGCGCUUCGUGGACUCGGAGCUGGAGUCUCGCUUCGCGUGCGAGCGGGAGCCACAGAGCGGAGUGGCCGUGGGAUGCUCGGUGCUCAUCCUCCUGCUCACCUUCCUCGCCAACAUCCUCAUCUCGCCGCAGCUGAUCGCCAACUACGUGACCUUCGUGCUGGGGGAGACGGUGCUGGUGUCGCUGACGGCGCUGCUACUCGCCGCCGUCUUUCCCAAGCUCUUCAAGAGGAAGCUGGCGCGGCUGUCGGCGUGGGUCGACUCGACGCGGUGGGCGCGCAACUCGUGCGCCGUCACCGCCGUGCUGGUGCUCAUCGUGGUGGAGAUCGCGAACAUGGUCGAACAGACGGCCCGCACUCUCUUCCUGUGGAAGCUGGACCUGGCGGCGCAGAAGGAGGAGGUGGGGACGAUGAGGAGGUACAACGACGCCCUGGUGGCCAACAUCCUGCCCGACCACGUGGCCGCCCACUUCCUCAGCCCCGACAAGCGCGACGACCUGCUGGAUGAGACUCGCUUCCGCUGCAUCACAAAGAUCAAGACGAUCGGCAGCACUUACAUGGCGGCGUCUGGACUCAACGAGAACGAAAACACCGUGGAGUACAACAGCAAUGAGAAGGAUCCAGGCACCCGCGUGCGGUGGCAGCACGUGGCGGACCUGGCGGACUUCUGCCUGGCGCUCAAGAUGACGCUCAUGAACAUCAACUGCCAGUCCUUCAACAACUUCAUUCUGCGCAUAGGUUUGAACAAAGGUCCGGUGCUUGCCGGAGUGAUCGGCGCCCGCAAGCCUCACUACGACAUCUGGGGGAACACGGUCAACGUGGCGAGCCGCAUGGAGUCCACGGGACAGCUGGGCAACGUGCAGGUGGUGGAGGAGACGUACCUGGUCCUCAAGGACUACGGCUUCCGGUUCGUGCGCCGCGGCGCCGUGUUCGUCAAGGGCAAGGGCGAACUCAUCACCUACUUCCUCAAGGGCCGGGAGAAGCCAUCCAACGGUUUGCCCCACCAGGUCAGCGAGGAGGUGUUCGAGUUCACGGCCGACUGACGUCCCCUCGCCAGGUCGCCCGCGCGCUUGGUCACGUGUUGGGCCGGUCGGGCAAACUGUCGCGUGGACCCGAUUAUAACCAGCACUCAUCGAUUCGCUCCCGUCACCAACUUGAGCCAUGGUCGGUGGUCCUCCCUAUCACUCAUCUGUCGCUACGAACACGGUUACGGUUGCCGUGAACUUCACUGCGCUGAACCACCGCUCUCCAGGUCUCAACAACGCGCUCGCUCAUCCCCCUCACUCACCCACUCACCACCUCACCCACUCACCACCUCACCCACUCACCACCUCACCCGCUCACCACACGGCAGGUCACAGCGCUUUUUUUUCUGCUUCUUCCCCCGCACUGCCCGGCUGUGGAUUUCCCUCCACGUCGUCAGUUUUACCAAGGUUCCCGUAAACAACCUUGCUCGCUUCGACAAACGUAUUAACUCUUGAUCUGUUACAAUGUUAAUCGUGGCGUUUGUUGCUGGCCGGUUGGCACUUUGGACCUUUGGGCCUGUGCUCAAUGACCGUGAAAGGAAGAAAAUAAAUGACGUAGAUUUGUCCGGCGCGUUGCGCUCGCUCGCGAUGUGCUAGAGCGUGGAGCCUCGCGACAUUCCCGUUUUUGAAUGACCGCCGCGGUGCGGGAACCACGUACGGCUUGCCUCGCCUGCUUCCCAGAGAGCGAGUGGGAAAACUGGAGCCUUAAACGACUGUCAGGCACUUGUAAAUUAAUCUUCACGUUGCGUGCAGUAAGUGCUUGCACACAGCAGCAAUAACAACGAUUUAAUCCAUGUGACGCCUGAAUGCAUCCAUAUCUCAAGAAUAUUUACAGGGGGUACGGGACACGAUGAGGUAUCUAAUAAUAAUAAUAAAUUGGACAAGGAUGAAACCUAAUCGCUUUUUGUUUUUUACCGUCAUUGCCGCCUGGCUGAGGCUUAUAUGGGAAUAUUAAAUUAAAAGCAGAAGAUGCGGGGCGGGGAUGAUUGAUGAUCGGCUGCUGAUACAUCACUAAGUCUUCACGCUGUACCGGCUCAGAUGCCCGCCGCUGUUAUUGGUUACGAGCGUGAAUUGAACUCGGGGUCGCCGGAUUCGUAACGGCAGUGCGCUGACCG